AUGUACAUAUAUUAUGUGUUAGAAGAAUCAGAAAGCUCGCAAAGCAGCCUGCCAGAACUAUCUGAUUACGAUGAAGAUUUUGACUCCGUCGAUGAACACUCAAAGCCUGUCGACUUAGUCGAGGUGAUGAUUAGGAGUCCUGAAUCAAAACGUAAUAUUAAAGGUGUUUCUAAGAGUGAACUGCUGAUGCACAUCGUGAUGAAAAUAUAG